AUGACUAAAAAAAAAAAACAACUAACCAAAACUACACAAUUAUCAAAUCAAAAAAGAUACAAGAGAUAUAAACUAGAGUUAUUCCUUCUUCUUUUUAUUCUUACUUAUAAUUCUUGGAUAUUAUUCAUUAUGCCGUAUGAAGAUAAUUUUAAAGAGAACACAAAGUUUCAUUCUGCUCAUUAUUUCCUUAAUCAAUUUCAAUCAAAAGAUUAUGAUGAUAGUAUCAUUCAAUUAGAUGGACCUUCCACAAACUCCACUACAUCAACUUCUACAACACCAGUGGACCCUGGUUUAAUAACAGUUCCAAUACCGUCUUCUUCUACUAGUUCUACAAAUAAUAAAAGAUUGGACAUUAACAGUCCUGAACCUUUACAACAACAACAUCAUCAUCAUCAACAACUGGUUCUUACAUUGAAUACAGAUUUGAAUGAGUACAUGAGGGGAAUAAACAAGAAUAAGAAAAAAAUUUCUAAUAGUGUUAAAGAUACACCAUUAUCACGUACUGCAUCUACUUCUCCAUGUCUAAUAUCUCCUGUAUUUACAAAUAACGAAAGUAACACGUCUCCAGAAUUAGAAUUACUCGAAUUUGAAGAAGAUGACGAUGAUGAUGAGGAGGAGGAGGAUGAUGAUGAUGAAAAUGAACAUUGGGAUCAAGAUGAGAUUUUCCAAAUGCAUGGUGAUGGUUUUAGUAUAAAUCCUACAGUUCCUGGAUUAUUCCCACAAAUGGAUAUUGGUACAAAUAACGAGUUUAUGAAUAGGGAUAAAUUACCUAUUGAACCAAUGGUUCAUAAAAGGCAAUAG